AUUCGACGCCAUUCGGAAUACAAUCUUGAGACAAAGGAAAUCCCAUCAAUUUAGGGAAGUACCUAUUGGCACCGCGGUAUUUAAAACGGUGUCCAGAUAGAUUCGUGACGACAGUUCCGGUUCGGUGAUCUUACGGUGCGCAUUCGUAGUGAAGCUUAACAGAAAUAAAAAUGUCGAAAUUUCUCGUGUCGAUCCUCGCGUUGGCCUUCCUAGCCGUUACGUUCAGCGAGGGAUCUUCGUUGCCGAAAAAAUCGGCAGCGGCCAGGAUCGAAAUCGUUAAGGACAUCCGUGCCUUUCGUUCCGCACAUCCGGCCGUGGAGCUCAUUCCGCUGGCUACGACGAGGAGUAUCGACCGGCAGCAGAUCACCUACACGAUUGGCCAGCGUCAGCAAGGAGAUCAGCUGGUGGCCGUCAACCAGGAGUCCCAGGCGUGGGAGGAACCGCAGGAUCUUAUGCUGACGAUCUCGUAUCCGGCUUCCGGUACCGGUGCCACGGUGACCUACGCGCGGAUCGUGGUCCAGCAAUCGUCCAGCGAAGGACGGGGUUAUGUGGUGGCCGGGGGAAUUGGCCAGCGGUUUAUUCAGAUCAUUAUCGAGGCAUCGAAGACUACUUUCUUUACCUAUAGCUCCCAGAUCUAUGGUAGAUAGAUAAGCUCCAGGACAGCUGUGGUUUUUACUUUCCAUCCAGUCGAUGGUUGUUGUUCAUUAAUACUAUUUAUGUGAAUAUCUAAAAAAAAAAAUUUUCAAAACUAGCCAAAAAAGAUGUCGAAUUGCGCAACAUCUAAUAUGCCCUACG